AUGACGCAGCUCAUGGGAAACCUGCCCGCCCAUCGAGUACAACCAGCCAGACCAUUCACGAAUACUGGUAUCGACUUCACCGGCCCUCUAUGGAUUCACUUUAAGGGGAGAGGCAAUCGUCCGCAAAAGGCGUACCUUGCUGUAUUUUGUUGCUUUGCAACAAAGGCGGUGCAUCUGGAAUUAGUGACGAAUCUAACGACAGAAGCCUUCAUCAAUGCGCUGAAACGUUUCAUUGAGCGUAGAGGACAUUGUCAAAGUCUAUAUUGCGACAAUGCAACUAACUUUGUGGGCGCCAAAAAUCAACUAGCAGAAUUAAACAAAAGCAUAUACGGGGAAGAAUCCCAAGAACAACUAAUCAAUUUUUGCACACCCAAGGGUAUUGAUUUUCAUUUUACUCCACCAAGAUCGCCUCAUUUCGGUGGCCUGUGGGAGGCGGCAGUAAAAUCUGCCAAACACUUUUUAAUCAGAAACAUAUCCCCAGCAAAACUUACGUAUGAAGAAAUGGCAACUUUAAUAAUCGAAGUCGAGGCUAUUUUGAAUUCAAGGCCACUGACACCUCUAUCAUCCGAGGCCAGAGACCUUAUGGCAUUAACUCCAGGCCAUUUCUUAAUUGGGGAACCACUAACGAACCCAGUUGAUGUACACGCCCAAGCAGUAAAGGCCAAUUUACCGCAAAGAUGGAAGGAAAUCAACGACACAAAGAAUAGAUUCUAG